UUGUGCUUACUCGAAAUAUCCGUCAGCUAUAGUAUGAGUUCGUGAAAAUAUAUUAAAUCCUGAUAAAAUUGCUUAAUUUGAUAAGUUCAUGAUGGAACCAACCGAUUCUGGAGCAAUGAUCCUGGACACCUUGACAAGGGCUUGCAGCCAGGACUCCGCGGUGCUCACGCCUGCGGAACACCAGCUCCAGCAGUGGCAAACACAGCCAGGAUUCUACACAGCACUCUCAAGUAUAUUCUGCAAUCAUGAGAUUGCAGUAAACGUCAGAUGGCUAGCUGUAAUGUACAUAAAGAAUGGAGUAGAGAAAUAUUGGAGAAGAACUGCACCGAACGCCAUGCGGGAAGAGGAAAAAGAUGUCAUACGGCAGAGAGUGUUGGCAAACUUCAACGAGCCGUCCCCUCAGAUUUGCACCCAGAUGGCGGUUCUGGUGGCCAAGAUUGCACGGGUUGAUUGUCCACGUAACUGGCCAAGUCUCUUGCCCACCCUGCUUCAGACAGUUCGCUGUGAUAAUUUACUGUUGCAGGAGCGGUCUCUCAUGGUUUUACACCAUGUUGUGAAAAUUCUCGCCUCCAAACGCCUGGCACCUGAUAGGAAACUGUUUGAAGAUUUGACCAGUGAGGUGUUUGGCUAUCUGUACCAGCUAUGGCAGGACCAGUUAGGUGACUUCCUCCAGCAGGCAUCCGUACACAGCGACAACAUGGAGAUGAACAUUGACAGAACCACACUCUCACUCAAAAUAUUGCGGCGGUUAGUGACUUUUGGAUUCCGAGACCCAGCUGCAAAUCAAGAAGCCAUGAGUUUUCUUAAUCAAGUGUUCGUCAAAUUGGAUGCCAUGCUUGAGUGUAGACAGAGCCUGUGGGGAAAUCAGAGAAUGCUGGAGAAAUGUGAGAGGAUGAUCAACUUACUCACAAAAGUGUUGCUGGACUCUCUGGAACACCAUCCAGUCUGCUAUAUACAGUUCAUACAGCGAUCCCUCGAGUUUGUUGUCAGAUACAACUUCUCUAAUGCAAGUUUGUUGUAUGAGAGAUUCACUGUGAACUGCUUUAACCUGAUGAAAAACAUCCUCUUGUGUGAUGCAUACAGACCAAGCAAACAUGAAAACUUGGAGCCAGACAGUAUUAAGAUGCAAGCAUACAAGAUCAAGAUGUGUUUCUUCACAUACAGCACACUACAGGAGAUCUGUCAUCGCCUCAUAUCCCAGUAUUUCCUCCUGAAUCACGAGGACCUUGCCACGUGGGACUCCGACCCAGAAGAGUUCUGUCAAGAAGAAGUUGGUGAUUCCUACAGAUACUCCUUGAGGCCAUGUACAGAGACAUUGUUCGUGAGCCUGUUCAAAGAGUUUCGUCUGACUCUGAACGAAAUUCUUAUCAAGAUGGUGCAGGCCACACAGGGAACAUGUGACGUGGAGAACUUCCAGACUAUCCUUAGAAAUGAUGCCGUAUACCAUGCUGUUGGUCAGGCAGCGUUUGACCUGUUUGAUGAUAUCGACUUUGACCAGUGGUUUACCUCACAUCUUCUUCAAGAAUUGAAGAUCUCCCAUAAUAAUUACCGUAUUCUGCGUCGCCGUGUGAUCUGGCUGUGUGGUCAGUGGGUGGGGGUGAAACUGUCAGCCCAGCUCCGCCCACAGCUGUAUGCAGCCAUCUGCCCGCUCCUGCAGACCUCGGAGGACCUGGUCGUCAGACUUGAGGCUGCCAACACUCUCAAACUUGCUGUUGAUGAUUUUGAGUUCAGUGUUGAGCAGUUCUUACCAUAUCUGGAGGUGCUUUUCUCAUUAUUAUUCCAACUUCUUAAAGAAGUACAACAAUGUGAUACAAAGAUGCAGGUGCUGCAUGUGAUAUCAUUUGUGAUAGAGCGUGUGGAUGUUCAGAUCCGUCCGUACGCUCGCUCUCUCAUCUCCUACCUGCCUGCCCUGUGGGAGGAGGCAAGUGACCACAACAUGCUCAAGUGUGCAAUACUGACCACCCUCAUACACCUGGUACAGGGUUUUGGUUCUGGCAGUUGUGCGAUGUAUGAGUUCCUGCUGCCCAUCAUAGAGUUGAGCACAGACACCAGCAAGCCUGAACACAUCUACCUCCUCGAUGACGGCCUUGAACUCUGGCAUGUAACCUUGAUCAAUGCUGGCAAGGUCACACCAGAACUUCUUAGCCUCUACAAAAAUAUGAAGAACCUUUUAGAAAUCAGCACAGAGAAUUUAAGAAUGUGCUUAAAAGUGAUAGAGGAUUACCUUAUAUUGGAACCAACAAAGUUUAUGGAGUGUUACUCUACGGUAUUGGUAGAUUCCCUGUCGUCCCUGGUAACCGACCUGCGUCCAGAGGGUGUGAUUCUUGUGCUCACCGUGGUAGAGCUCGUGUUCAAGGUAUUUCCAUCACAGGGACCACAGGUGUUCGCUCCCAUGCUGCCAGGGUUUGUGCAGUCCAUACUCAACCAGGAUGAGCACCCGAUGGUGAUGUCUAUCUACAUGACCUUGGUGGCCCGUGUCACUCUACAGAACCAAGACUACUUCUGGACGUUCAUUGACCAGUUCUCAACACAGUCACACAUUCAGAGUACUGAGCUUAUGGGCCUGCUGCUGGCGGCAUGGAUGGAGGGCAUAGAUAACAUGACCCAACCAGAGAAACGUAAACUCUCCUCGCUAGCUCUAGCCAGUCUCCUCACAGCAAACAACAGUGGAGUAUUGGAGAAGUUUGGGAGUAUUGUGAGUGUGUGUGUCCAGGUGCUACAUGAUGUCUGCCGUGUCCCCGUGGAUGAGGAAACAGCCAUACAGCUCGAUGCGCUAGUUAUAGCUGAUGGAGAUGAACGCGGGGAGGAUGAACACGAGACAGAACAGGAGAAACGCAAACGGGCCCUGACAUUAAAGGACCCUGUUCACACGAUCCCGUUGAAGGAUUUUGUCUUCCAGCAGCUGCGCCAGGUUCACAACCAGCAUGGGGAUGAAACAUUCGACCGCCUAACACGACAGAUCGACCCCGACGUCUACCUCCAGUUGCAACAGUUCUCCAAGACUUGAUGAAUCACUUAGGAACGAAUAUUGACAAAAGACAUAGUGAUCAAUUAAACACAUUUUAAUGUACAGUUAUAUUCUCAGUUGAGAAUCAAGGUUCAUCAGUCAGUCAAUAACUAUUCCUAGCUGAUGAUGUGCUGUUGUGCCAUAGUGACUGCAUGAAAUUUUAACUUGCACAUACUACAUAUUUCAUGUUUUCCAAAGGAAGUUUGGUUUUAAUACCAAGAAUGGUAUAAUGAAAGAUUGGAUCAUAGGAUUGUUUGUGUUCAUUUGUUCACAAGACAGAUCUGUCUUUGUUUCUACACUGUGCUAGGCUUUAAGUUUUAUCAAGCAAGGCUGUGAUCUGUUCAUGUUUUCAAUUUGUACAUUAAUUGGUAAGGUCAGUGCAAUGUCACUCCAACAUUCAUUUGCCCCUGGAUGUCACUCCAACACGUAUUUGCCCCUGGAUGUCACUCCAACAUGUAUUUGACCCUGGAUGUCACUCCAACAUGUAUUUGACCCUGGAUGUCACUCGAACAUUGAUUUGACCCUGGAUGUCACUCCAACUUUAUUUGACCAUGAAGGUCACACCAAUAUUCAUUUGACCAAUAAGUGGAUAACAAGUUCAUCAAUAGAUAGCAAGUGGUUGUAUUAUCCAAUGGAUUACAGUGACCACCCUUUACAAACAUAGGACAAAUGAACAAGUGGAACAAAACUCCCAUUCAUGUCAUGUUAAUUAGGAAAAGUAGAUGCUGACCUUACCUGAGUGGAUUUUAAAUUUGAAUGUAAGUCCUCACUUGUGUUCAUUGGUACAUAUUGUGUAUACAUGAGUAAAUAUUCUAAUACUAUAGGUGUGCAGUAUUGUACUUGACAUUAAUCAAUCGUGCUUUUGCGUAAAUAGGCCUGAUAAUAAAUCGCAUUCCUGGCAGUCUUUAUUAACCAGGUUUUCACAUAGUGAAACCUGGUUAUUAGAAUGGCGAACGUCGUUGUUCGGGCGGGUGGGCGGCCAGCCGGACGGCGUCAAACUCGCCUAUGAAACUGAAUAACUUUAGUAAGGGUUGACAUAUCUUGACCAAACUUGGUCUAUAGAAAGAGUUAUGGGUACCUUUCAUGGGAUUGCGUUUGGGGUCCCUAGGGUCAAGGUCAAGGUCACUGUUACUAAAAAUAGAAAAACGGUUGAAACUAAAUAACUUUAGUUAGGGAUGACAUAUCUUGACUAAACUGGGUGUACAGGAAGAGUUUAUAGAUACCUUUCAUGGGAAUGAGUUUGGGGUCCCUAGGUUCAAAGUCAGGGUCACUGUUACUAAAAAUAGAAAAACGGUUGAAACUGAAAAACUUUAGUUAGGGAUGACAUAUUUUGACUAAGCUUGGUCUAUAGGAAGAGUUUAUGGAGAUCUUUCAUGGGAUUGCAUUUGGGGUCCCUAGGUUCAAGGUCAAGGUGACUGUUACUAAAAAUAAAAAAACGGUUGAAACUGAAUAUCUUAAGUUAGGGUUGACAUAUCUUGACCAAGCUUGGUCUAUAGAAAGAGUUUAUGGGUACCUUUCAUGGGAUUGCGAUUGGGGUCCCUAGGUUCAAGGUCAAGGUCACUGUUACUUAAAAUAGAAAAACGGGUGAAACUAAAUAACUUUAGGGCGGGAUGACAUAUCUUGACUAAACUGGGUGUACAGGAACAGUUUGUAGAUACCUUUCAUUGGAUUGCGUUUGGGGUCACUAGGGUCAAGGUCAAGGUCACUGUUACUAAAAAUAGAAAAACGGUUGAAACUGAAUAACUUUAGUUAGGGUUGACAUAUCUUGACCAAACUUUGUCUUUAGGAAGAGUUUAUGGAUACCUUUCAUGGGAUUGCAUUUGGGGUCCCUAGGGUCAAGGUGACUGUUACUAAAAAUAGAAAAAUGGUUCAAACUGAAUAUCUUUAGUUAGGGUUGACAUUUCUCGACCAAACUUGGUCCAUAGGAAGAAUUUAUGGAUACUUUCAUGAGAUUGCGUUUUGGAGUCCCUAGAUUCAAGGUCAUGAUCACUGUUACUAAAAAUAGAAAAACAGUUGAAAUUGAAUAGUUUUAGUCAGGGUCUACAUAUCUUGACCAAACCAGGUAUAAAGGAAGAGUUUAUGAAUACCUUUCAUGGGAUUGCGUUUGGGGUCCCUAGAUUCAAGGUCAAGGUCACUGUUACUAAAAAUAGAAAAAUGGUUGAAACUGAAUAACUUAAGUUAGGGUUGACAUAUCCUGACACAACUUGGUAUAAAGGAAGAGUUUAUGGAUACCUUUCAAUGGAUUGCAUUUGGGGUCCCUAGGUUAAAGUUCACUGUUACUAAAAAUAGAAAAACAGACACAGGCUGAAGUUCUUUUGUCAAUCAUUAAAAACCUGGUUUCGUCGCAUUGCGGCGUUUCUUGUUUACAUCCUGAUAUAAUUCAUUAAUUGUGAUUUUUCAAAACAUAUGCAAAAAGUUUAUAUAUAUUAAUCAAACACAUGUUGUGGUACUAUCGUGAAAAACUUGCAUUUUGUCAUGGUUACAUGCAACUGUUUCUUGUUGAAUUGUUAUUCGACUUUGUCACUUCUGUUUGUUGCCAGCUUCGCUUGAUGGAUGGGUUCACAGUAUUCCUUACUUACAGUGCAGGUAUUGUGAUAGCCUUCGUGUCAUUGUCAGUAACCCAACCUUGACCUCAGAACCUGUUCAAAACAUUCAAAUGAAACUCUGGAGGCAUGUUGCCCGAGACGUUAUGCACAUGAUCGCGUCACCUAUACCUCUGACUUUUCUCUGACUUAAGUAAUUGAGUUCUAACCCUCUAAGACUUGACAAACAAAGACAAGUGUUUGCAUCCCCUUGCUGUACUCUUUUUUCAUAUAUAACUGUAUCUGUAAAAGUCCCGGCUGCCUAUUUGCCUUCAUUACAGGCUUUAAGUUCUUGUUCUGAAGUUUCAUUCAAUUGUCCAAAUAAUCUUGACGACAUGGCGCUCUGCGGCUCAGUGGGUGGGGAGGCAUUAUGUUUGACAAACAUCUGUUGUUAAUAAAUAACUGAUGUCUUGUACAUCCGCCAUUUUGUCUAUGUAUAAAUAUGAUCCAUUGCUGUAACUGUGUAUUGUCAUGCUAGAUAUCUGGGUAUGGAAUCUCGUUUACCAUUGUGUAUAGUCUGUGGCUUGAAGAAAAUAUCACAAGAAUUUAGAUUGUAAAAAUAGCAAAAUAGUCCAUGUUCAGAAGCUUUGGUGCAACAUGGGUGCUGCAGUUAUCAUCGUGUUUUACAACUUCCUUUUGAGCAUAACAUUUUGAUGUUAAAUGUUUUACCAACAAUUAUUGCUGUUGUUUUAAAAACCAUUUCUAUACCCUUGGACACAAUUAUAACGUUUUUGCACAAUGUCUUCCGGAGGAGUUUAUGUCCCACGGCUGUUUUUACUGCUACUCUCUGUUGACUUUUUGUUAAUGAAUUUAUUAUUAGUUUAUUAUGUAAUAGGCAAUACUUAAGUCAGCAAAUGCAUCAUUGAAAUGGCUGUUUUAUAAAAAUGUAUUUUAUGGACAUGUGUUGUAUUUAUUAAAAUAAAAGUUGCUACAAUUAGUUGAAGUUGAUGGAUACUAACUUGAACAGUAUAGUAUGUGUAGGCGUAAUGAUGUAUUUCUUCAAUCAGCAUCUAGCCAAGUGUUAUUUACUUGGUUUUAUUGUGCAAGACUCAAACAUAUUUAUUAAAAAUCA